AGUCUGAAGCCCGAAUGCAGUAUCACUUUUUAUAGAAAAAAACUGCGGUAUUUAAUAAGAAAUGUGUUUAAAUGAAAAUAGAUAAAAUGCAGAAAAACUGAUGUAAUAAACUUGUUGUAGUGUUCACAAGACUGCUAAAAUGAUCGUAUCCUGUUCAAAUUGGUUUUCAAAUCAAGUCUUCUCUUGUCAGCCAUAGUAACUGUCUGCUGUGUACGCUAAUAUCUCCCUUUGUGCUCUGUUAACGGAUCGAGUGCUUUGUAAAGUGCUGUUAUUGUCUUGUAAUGUAUGUUUUUCUACAAGUUGAACUACAAAAUUAUGUUCUGGACCGCAUCUAUGGGAAACCUCUUGUAAUAUGAUUUUUUUACACUGUAACCUCAAUCGGGCGGAAGUAACAAAUCCCGCUGGUAUCAAAAGUUCUUAGAUUGAAUCGUCAAUUCGACUAUUAAAUCAUAUUAUCUACAUAGCCUUCGUAAGCUUAAUUUUUAUGAUAUUAGAAUGGUGGAAAUAGGUGCUCCUCAACAGUCUGCUGAAGAAAGUUUGGAAAAUGCCGAAUGGUACUGGGGCGAUAUUACUCGGGAUGAUGCCAAUGAAAAAUUAAGAGACACCUGUGAUGGCACCUUCCUAGUUCGUAAUGCAUCAAAUAAAGAUGGUGGUUACACAUUAACUGUACGGAAAGGAGGCACAAAUAAACUAAUAAAGAUUUACAACCAAGAUGGCCGCUAUGGGUUCUGUGAACCAUAUGAGUUCAACUCAGUUGUUGACCUAGUUAGGUUCUACAGAGAGUAUUCAUUGGCUCAUUGCAAUAGCAGCCUAGACAUCAAGCUCACACAUCCACUCUCAAGACUGCAGGAUAAUGACGGUGGUGAAAAUAUUAAUGAUGAAACCCUCGAACUGAACUAUAAAGAAAUACAUAAGAAAUUUGUCCUAAAGACAAGGGAUUACAAUGAGCGGUCAGAAAAAUACUUGAGGCUUAGAGAAGAAGUUAAAUUCAAGAGACAGACUUUAGAUGCAUUCAAAGAAACUGUUAAAGUAUGUGAAGAACAUUUAAAAUUACAAGAAAAAAUGCAAGCAGAAGCACAACCACAUGAAAAAAAUGACCUUAUUGAAAAUAAUAGGCAGCUCAUUUCAAGAGUAAAUAGUUUAAAACAAGCUAGAGCUCAGCAUCACAACAUUUUGAGGGAGACUGUUGAAUCUAAUUUGCUUCUUGAAAGAGAAAUAACUAAAUUAAAGUCUGAAGUUAUUAAUUUGUAUAAAAUUAAAGACCGGUACAAAACAUGGCUACAAAGAAGAGGAAAAACUGAUGAAUAUUUGCAAGCAUUAGAAGAUGAUAAUAUACACAAACUUGAAGAGUUAUAUGCUCAUCGGGAGAGUGUUACUUGGAUGGUCGAUAACUGCACCCGUGAUAUGGCAACGAGGCUUCUAGAAGGAAAACCCCAGGGUACAUUUUUAAUAAGACCCAACUCUACUGGCCAAUUAGCUUUAUCUAUUAUUUGUAAUAAUAUGGUAUAUCAUUGUAUAAUAUUCAAGACUGAACGAGGAUAUGGCUUUGCUGAGCCCUAUAAUAUUUACAAAACUUUGAAUGAACUUGUCCUCCAUUAUGCUGUUAAUUCCUUAGAAGAACACAAUGACCAAUUAAGAACUGCGUUAAAAUAUCCAAUCAAUGCACAUUUAGUGAAGAAACCUGACAAGAAAGUCCAUGACACCCAAGAAACUCAUCAGUAUCAUGAAAGUCACCAGGAGAGUCAUUUACGCACACAUCAGCAUCGACAAUGGGAUCAGAGGCAAGCGCUUCCAUAAAAAACUUAUUUCUUCAAAUAGAGGUUAUUAUUUAUUUUAUGUAUUGUGAUUAAUAUGAUGUCAUGAUGACAUCCUGUACAAAGUGAUAUUGAAAAGCAAUCACUUUCAUUCAAUAUCCAAGAUUCAUACAUAAUAAUACUGCAGGCACUAUUUUAUUUAUUUUGAUGGUGAUAUAUGUAUUAUUGUGAUAAUAUUAUGUGAACACUGAAUAUUUAUAAAAUUGUGAGAUUCUCAUAUUUGUAGGGUUUUUAAUCUAUAUACUAUAAUGAAAUGAAAUUGAAUUCGAAUUGUGUUUAUUGAUAAUUACAUAUUAUUAAUAUGAAAAAUAAAUAAUUUAAUAAAAUUUUAAAUAAGAAUUGCCCACAUAGAUUACUUUUAGUUGCAUGAAUAUUUGUGUAUUUAAUAUAUAAUUCUAGCAAUGUACAAACUAAAGGUGUACAAAAUAAUAAAAAUUAAGUAUGUAUAACAGAGCAAGGUCCUGUUUUUAAGAAUGUAGUAGAACAUCUUUUAUAUUAAAAGAAAAAUUUGUGAUGUUUUUGUUUUGUUUUGUAUUAAUGUAAUCGAAGUUAAUAUUUGAUUAUUAGGAAUAGGUAUGUUAUGUAAAAGAUAUUCCUAGAUGUAAAAUUUUUAAUCAUUAUUUAUGACUGAUCCAGAUGACUCCAAAGUUUUGAAAGUGCACAGCACUUUGAAUAAGCUGAUUGGCUCAGGUUGACCAUGCCAUAAACUGAAAAUUCAUGUGUCUCUAAUUUGUGGAACUUUGUGUAAAGAUUUUUCAUAUUAUGCAUCAUGUCUACAUAUUUUUAUCAAUGAAAUAUUAAGAGCACUUAAUAAAUUGUAUCAUUUUAUAAUGAUUCACAUGUUUGAAAUGUCUGGAAUAAAAUCAAUAUAUUUUUAGAUUAUUAUAAUUUUCACUAUUAUUAAUUCUUUGUCAAACUCCUGUUGUUCUUAAAGUAUUGUUUUGUCCAUAUUUCUUUUUGUCAAAGACUUGCAUAGAAGUAUGUAAUAUAUUUUAUAUUCACAUAAUUUAAAAAAAAAUAUUUAAGUGAGAUUCUUGGAGUUAUUUUUAUAUAUAGAGAAGUAUUGAUAGUUUUUGUAUAUAUGGUAAAUGAUCAGAAAUUGAUUUCAAUAUGUAAUAUGAUGUGGGUUGUUGCAGUUGCAAAUAAUUAUAUAGUGUGUAAUAAAUAAUUGUGAUCUCAAAAAGCAUUAGUUACAACAUUAAGAUAAAAUACAGUAUAGAACAUUAUACUUUAAUGAUUGCCAUUUUAUAACUUCCUACAGUAAGUGUUAAUAAACAUUUAAAAUUG